AUGUCCGGCCGAGCUCUCCGCAAGGCUCUCCGCCAACGCGAGCUCGCAGCACUCUCCCAGAAGCCCGAGGACACAACCCAAGACGACGACGAAGAACAGGACGAAUAUGACGCACCCCCGCCACAGAAACCAAGCCUGUUUGCCCUCCUUGGCGGAGAGGACGAGCCGGAGAACGAAGACGACGAGGAGGAAGUAGCGAUAAUACCGAAGCCUGAGGAGGAGGAGGAGGAGGAGGAGCGGGGGGCGGGUGCAUCAUCAUCAAAGAAGAAGAAGAAGAAGAAGAAGAAGGGUAAGUCCAAAUCUGCACCGGCACUAGUGCAGAUAGCAGGCGAGGAUGAGAUCGACGCGGCGCUCAGGAUAUUGAAUCUUCAGCACAAAAACUCGGUGGAGACGCCGGAUGCUCGUGUCGACGAGGGUAAGCGGUUGUCAGAGAUACUACGGGUGGAUCCAAGGAAUUUUGAUGCUGCAAACGAGAUGCGGCGGCUUUUUGGCAGGGUGGCAUUGGAUGGAGCUGAAGAACAUGGCACAGGUGGACGUAAGAGAGCUGCGGUUUCUGCGAGAGGGCUGACAGGGAGGAAGAAUACCUUCGUUCAGGCUAAGGAGGAGUGGCCCGUUGCUAGCAGUGGAGGUUUGGGGAUGGAGACGGUAUCGACAGAUAGCGACAAUGUUACAGAAUUCAGGUUUGUACAUUCUAGAGCGUAUCAGGACGUACAAAAACAGUUUAUGAUGUGUGUUGCAUCAAUGGACCCGAACCGUCUGAUACAAUUAAUGCAACAUAAUCCUUACCAUGUCUCUACUCUACUCCAAGCCUCCGAAAUUUUUGCCCAGCAGCGAGACCACACAAUCUCUGGCGACCUUCUUGAGCGUGCCCUCUUCACAUUCGGACGUUCUCUCCACUCCACAUUCCAGUCCAAGAUAUCCGAAGGAAACGCCCGUCUCUCGUUUCUCUACCCCGAAAACCGCGAGUUCUGGCUCUGCUCAUGGCGCUAUCUGCGGAACCUCCAGAUGCGCGGGACCUGGCGCACCGCCGAAGAAUUCGCACGCUUACUCCUCGCUUUGGACCCGGAGGGAGACCCAUACCAGAUGAGACUGUGCAUCGACUUCAUCUCCCUGAAGGCCCGACAGCCCGAGCAUCUCCUUGCGCUCGUUGGACACCCCGCGCUCAGAGAGCUGUAUGCUAACCUCCCCAACAUGGCCUACUCCACCGCGCUGGCAUACAAGCAGCUCGACCAGGACACCGCGGCAAGGGAGUACCUGGCGAAAGCAAUGACGAAGUUCCCAUGGGUUGUGACCCGCCUCUACGCGGAGCUGAACAUCGAGACCGACCUCCCACCCGCCCUCUGGGGGGCGCUGCCGCCCGAGGGCGACAAGCUGCAGCCGCUGCUGGCGGAGCUGUACGCCUCCCGCUCGCGCGACCUCUGGAAGGAGCCGGAGGCAACACGCCUGCUGGUGGACGUCGCAAGCACAAUCUACAACCUCCCGAAAAAGUCGCUCCUGAAGCCGCAGAAGACGGACGGGCGGGAGGUCAUCGAGGGCGUGUCGCUGGAUGUUGCGCGGCAUGUCCUCGUCGCGGAUGUGCCUGGUGUUACGGCGCUGCUGCCGCGCGCGUUUACGAGGCGGGAGAGCCCCGGGUAUGAUCCGCUGCCGCCGGCGGGCGAGGUUAGGAGUUACUCGGUGGAGAUACCGGAUACGGCGCCGGGCGCGGUUGAAGGGCGCAGUGCGGCGGGGGCGGCGGGGUUGUUUAGGGAGCUGCUGAGGAGCUUGUUUCCGCAUUUGGAUCAUGCGGCGGGGGAGCAGCCGUCGGAUAGGGAGGUUUUGGAGGCGCUGAGGGAGAGGGGCAUUGAUGUUGAGCAGGAGGAGUUGGGGAUCUUGAUGCCGGGUCAGGAGGAGGAGGAGGGAGGAGAUUGGCCGGAGCGGUGA